UUGAAGUUCACUUUUCGUUUUAUUUAUUUUCUUUUUUAACCGUAAUAUUUUAUUAUCUGCAGUUUUUUGUCUAUAUUUUAUUUUUUCGCAAAGUUUGGUUAUGCCAUAAAAUAAAAUCGAGUUUUUUAACAAUUUUCUUGAGUUAAAAUUGAAAAAACAAAUUGAAAUACUAUUUAUUAAUUUAUUAUGAGCAAAUCCCUCUCUUCCUCCCCAUCAUUAUACUCCAACCUGAAGCUCUGUACACUGAUUGGUCAAGGAAGUUUUGACUAUGUGAUGGUUUACCUGGCCAGGAAGCAGAACACUAAUCAAGUUUAUGCUGUGAAAAUUAUUGACCUCGAUAAAUGUGAAUUAAACUUAGAAACAAUCAAACAUGAGAUGACGAUGCACAAGACACUGAAGCACAAGAACAUCCUGCCAAUUAUAGACAACUUUGUGAUGAAUGGUUGUCUCUGGGUCAUCAUGCCUCUCUGUGGAUUUGGUAGCUGCAAAGAUCUGAUACACGCUCACUUCCACGCUGGUCUGCCUGAACUGUGUGUGGCACUCAUCUUGAAAGAUGUCCUCUCGGCUCUUGUCUACCUACAUUCGAGAUAUAUCAUUCAUAGGGGGCUAAGGGCUAGUCACGUGGUCGUCAAUGGGGAUGGUGUGGCCAUGAUUUCAGGGCUGACCCACUGUUAUAGCAUGCUAAACAAUGGCGUCAGACUCAAGACCGUUCACGAUUUUCCUGAUUUUUAUAUCAGGAAUUUGAACUGGGCCAGCAGGGAAUUACUGGAGCAAAAUCUAGCCGGUUACAACACUCAGUCGGAUAUCUACAGCUUGGGCGUCAUGACCUGUGAACUGGCCAACGGGGUCAUUCCAUUCUACGACAUGCCCAUGACUCAGAUGUUGCUAAACAAGCUGGAGGGCCGGAUACCAACACUACUUGAUGAAACAACAUACGGAGAACUGAACCGAAUACAACCAGGAGAAGACAUCCCUGACGUGUACAAGCGAUCUUUCACCAGGGACUUCCACGUGUUCACCAAUCAGUGUCUCACCUACGAUCCAAAUCUCAGACCAACAGCAGUCCAAUUGGAAUCGCAUUCAUUUUUUAAGCAGACGAGACAAAAAAAUCUACCAUCAUUGGCUGAACUUCUUCAGCCAAUCACGUCACUUAAUCACACCAACAUACCUAAUCAAGACGAGAUGGAUCUAACGAGCCUUGAACAGGACAUGCGGACGGUGGACCUUGACGUGGAGUGGAAGUUUUAAACAUAAUCUUAAUCUUUAUUUUCAAUUGUCGCGUUUUUGUUGCAAUGAAGUUUGUUUGUUUGUUUGUUGUGUUUCUGUCUGCAUGUGUGUGAAUAAAGUUAAUUCGUGUUAACCAGUUUACAUGUACAUAUUUAUGUUUUUUUCAAGUGAUCAUUUAAAUUGAAUUGUAAUUUUAUUUGCGAUUGUGUAAGUAGAUGUCUAUUUUUAAAUUUAUGCAUUUUAUUAAAACGUGGAUAUAAUAGAAUUUCAACCGGAA